UUAACCGUUAUAGUUAGUCGCCGCCUGAUGUCUGCAUUUUGCAAACUCAUUUUUUAAUUACGUGUUUUUUCUUUGUUUGUUCUGUUUUUUCAUCAUUAGAUUUCGCAAUGUGGUCAUUAAUUAUUGCAAUAUUAUUAAACAGUGUGUGGUGCCGCACAGUGCACACCGCAGCACUCAUCGAUGAUUGUCCGACACUGGACAAUGGCGACAGUCUGUCGCAGACGCAGUUGCUCGAUCGCCUCACACACGGCUGUCGCUACGAUCGAUUGGAGCGACCGCUAACCUACACCCAGGAUGGAUCACGUUUGCCCGUGGACGUUUAUAUGCGUGCGUACAUAUAUUUCAUGCAGAAUCUGGAGGCACACGAUCUGCAGUUCAAGAUCUUUGCGCUGCUGCAGAUGCGCUAUCUGGAUCCUCGUCUCAAUUUUCGUCAUGUGUCGCCUAAACGUUUGCAACCCAUACUCGGUGAGCAACAGCUGCGCGACUCGCUCUGGAUGCCGCACAUAUUUCUCGCCAAUGAGCGCGACUCCAGUAUACUGGGUACAUCGGAAAAGGAUAUACUCACAUCUAUAUCGCCGGAUGGCACUGUCAUUGUCUCCACGCGCAUUAAAGCCACGCUCUAUUGCUGGCUAAAUCUGAAGAAAUUUCCCUUUGAUGAGCAACAUUGCUCCACCGUGCUCGAAAGCUGGAUGUACAACACAUCGGAACUCGUACUGCAUUGGGAACAAAAGCGUCCCAUUACCUACGAUCCCGAACUGCACCUUACCGAAUUUCUGCUGAAGCAAUCGUGGUCGAAUGAGACCGUCAUCAAUGCCGAUCUCAGCGAUUUGCGUCACGGCGCCUUUGCCGGCAAUUACAGUUCGUUGAGCUUCACUGUGCAUUUAACCCGUGUCGUAGGCUUCUAUCUGAUGGAUUACUUUCUGCCAUCCAUGUUGAUUGUGGCCAUUUCGUGGGUAUCGUUUUGGCUGCAAGCGGAUCAGGCGCCUCCACGCAUCACGCUUGGCACCAGCACGCUUUUAACAUUCAUCACACUUGCCUCGGCUCAGGGCAAAACGCUGCCAAAGGUCAGUUACAUUAAGGUGUCGGAAGUGUGGUUUUUGGGCUGCACCAUUUUCAUCUUUGGCAGCAUGGUGGAGUUUGCAUUUGUGAACAGCAUUUGGCGGCGCAAACACAAUGUUCCCAUCAAGAAGCUAAACAGCAAGCACAUCCUCAAGUCCACACUAUCGCCACAUUUGCUGCGUCGUCGCAGCCACGCCAGAUCCAGAUCCUUCUCGGGCAGCGGACGUCCGAUGGACACCAGUUCACUGGGUGGCAAUUUGCCAUUCAAUAACUAUCUAACCGUCAAUUUGCCCAUUCAAACCAUACCGGAGGGACAAGUCUUAGUUCGACCCGCAGUGCCCAGUCGUCGACCCAGUCUUCAUAUGCUCAGCAGCACGAAUCGCAAACUGGAUGUCACUUUUGUGGAGAGUGCUCUUAAUACUGCCCCAACUUCGGGUUCGGCUGCCUCUGUUGGUUCAGCAACAAGUGUGCCCAGCAUUGAUGUGCCCGAUAUUAGUGUGUUCAACAAUAACACAGCCGAGGAGAUCGACCACAAGGAGGAGAUUGCCAAUAACGGGUGGACAACGUUAACACCCCAGGAGAUUGCCAUUUGGAUUGAUAGACGCGCUCGCUUCAUGUUUCCCUUGGCCUUUUUGGUCUUUAAUAUGUUUUUCUGGACAUUUGUCUAUUGUAUUUGAAUCAAUUUUCGUUUUUAUUUCUUUUUAUUUU